UUUGCCACGUAUCAACUCAAUGGACGCAACCAUUUGACGCUUAACUUUUUAGAACGUUAAGUGAUUUAAAAGGCCAAGUGUUCAAAGUUUUGAGUCAUCAACUAGUAAAAGAACGUUAAGUGUUUUAAAAGGCCAAGUGUUCAAAGUUUUGAGUCAUCAACUAGUAAAAGAUCUUGCAUGCAAUGGGAGCGUCUUCUUCAACACUUUAUGAAGAAACACGUGAAGCCAGGAAAGAGCGUCGCAACCCUAAUAUUGACGAAUGGCAGUUACAAAAGUUGGAAUAUGUUGGUCAUUCAGUUCAGCAUAGAGGUCAGUUGUCAAAAUUGUGUUAUCCCGAAACGGACAAUAAACAUGUGGGCAAUGUACGUUUCUCGAAGAAGUUUAGGCUCGGCAAAGGAUGUGAUGGAACUCGUGUUUAUCUUGGACUGACACAGGAUGGUUACGAGGAAGCUACUGGAACAGAUUAUGUUUAUUUGAUCUUAGACUUAUGUGAGGAAUCACUGGAGAAGUUUGUGGAUAAUUCUACUAUACAUGACCUUCAAAAAGCUCUUCCCAAUAUUCUUAGACAAAUUUUGAAUGGAUUAGCUGAUCUUCAUAGUGGCUCACAUCCUAUUCUUCAUCGGGAUUUGAAGCCUAACAAUGUUCUCCGUGACGUAGACGGCAGAUUUCUGAUAGCUGACUUUGGCAUUAGUCGAGUAUUGAAGAAUGGAUCUAAAACACACAUAAGCAAGCUUAACAGGGGAUGUCAAUUUUGGAUUGCUCCAGAAGCAGUAGAAGAGAAAGAUUCAAAUAAAGCACGUAAUGAAGAUUUAAAUAAAGCACGUAAUGAAGAUUCAAAAAAAGGACGUUACAAAAAAGAGUCUGAUGUAUAUAAUGCAGGAAUGAUUGCUUAUUAUGUUGCAACAAAAGGGAAACACCCUUUCGGAAUUGAACGGCAUAGAUUGGACAAUAUGUUAAAUGGAAACCCUGUUGGCUUGGACGAAAUCAAGGAUGAAACAUUAAAAGACCUUCUGUCGUGGAUGUUGAAACUACAACCAGAAGAAAGACCAUCUGCCAACGAAGCCUUGAAACAUCCAUUUCUUAUGUCGGAUGACCAGAAAUUUGAAUUUUUAUGUAAAGUUGGAAACCUACAGUCGACUAAAUUAAAUGAUCCUCAAUCUAGUAUCGUGCAACAUUUGAAUAUUGAAUCUUUAAACUGGAGAAGCCAAAUGGAUAACGAUGUUUAUAAAUAUUUGGUAAAUGGAAGAAAUUAUGGAUCUUCAUGGACAGAAUGCUUAAGGCUCAUUCGAAAUAUUGGCAUGCAUUGGAACGAUAGACCACAACACCUACCACAACCAGAAGCAUUUUAUAAGAUUGGCGAUCACAGAGCGUAUUUUCUCAAAACGUUCCCCAGUCUCCCUGUUAAGGUACAUGCUGCUGUCAGGUCAAAUGAAGAAUUGAAAUACAAACUAAAACUUAAGGAUGAUCUUAGAAUCGCCAAUUACGAUAUCCCGUCAAUUGGUCAAGAUGAUUUAGAUUUGAUGCCAUUGUAUAAGUUAUAUAGUGAAAGUCCACCUUUUCCGAGAUCAAAGUCAUCUGUAUCAGAAGAGUGGAAAUACAUUCAUGAAUCAACGAAACAUAAAGAAUUGCUUUUAAAAUUGAUUGAAUAUGGACGCAAUCCCAGUGUUAAGGUUAAAGUGGUUGGCAAUGUACGUGUAAUUUUCUCAGACGAGUUUUGCAUCGGCAAAGGAAGUAACGAAACCCGUGUUUUUCUUGGACUGACAAAGGAUGGUUACGGCAAAGCAGUGAAACGAAUAAGUAGAGAUAACUACCUCGAGCCUGCACAGCAUGAAAAGAAAACUUUAAAUGAAUUCCAUGCAAAAAAGUCGAAAUAUGUUGCGAAUUAUUACUUCUUUGAGGAAGAUACUGCAACAGAAUAUGUUUAUUUGAUCUUAGACUUAUGUGAAGAAUCAUUGGAGAGUUUCGUAAAAUCUUCUACUUUACAUGAUCUUCAAAAAGCUCUUCCCGAAAUUCUCAGACAAAUUUUGCAAGGACUAGCGGAUCUUCAUAGCGGCCCAAAUCCUAUUCUUCAUCGUGAUUUAAAGCCCUCCAAUGUUCUCCGAGACUCACAACACAACUUUCUGAUAGCUGACUUUGGAAUUAGUCGAAUAUUGAAGAAUGACACUACAACAUAUGAAAGCAGUCCUAACAUGGGAACGGAGUAUUGGAUUGCUCCUGAAUCAUAUAUAGAAGAGGAAGAUUCCGUUGAUAAAGGACGGUACAAGAGAGAGUCUGAUAUAAUGAAUGCAGGAAUGGUUACUUAUUAUGUUGCAACAAAAGGAAAACACCCGUUUGGAACUAAACGGCAUAGAUUGGACAAUAUGUUGAACGGUAACCCUGUUGGUUUGGAAGAAAUCAAGGAUGAAACACUAAAGGACCUUCUGUCGUGGAUGUUAAAUCUAAAACCUAAAGAUAGACCGUCGGCUACCGAGGCGUUAAAACAUCCAUUUCUUAUGUCAGAUGACGAGAAAUUUGACUUAUUAUGUAAAGUUGGAAACCUUCAGCAGAUUAAGACAAAUGAUCCCCAGUCAAGUGUCGUUCAACAAUUGAAUAGCAAAUCCGAACAUUGGAAAAGUAAAAUGGAUUGUGAUGUUUAUGAUUAUUUAGUGAAUGGAAGGACCUAUAAAUCUUCAUGGACAGAAUGCUUAAGACUCAUUCGAAAUAUUGAUAUGCAUUGGAACGAUCGACCACGACCUCUACCACAACCAGAACCCUUUUAUAAGAUUGGCUAUCACAGGGCGUAUUUUCUCAAAACGUUCCCCAGUCUCCCUGUUCGGGUACAUGCUGCUGUCAGGUCAAAUGAAGAAUUGAAAGAUAAACCCGAACUUAUAGAUUUAGCUGAUCUUAGAUACACUAGACUAACAACAGAAGAAAUCGAGAAAAUUGGUUCGAAAGUUGGAACUGAUUGGAAUAUACUGGGUGGUCUUCUAGAAAUACCUUUUAACAUACGUGAUGAAAUUACUGUUCACGACACAAUUUAUCCAAAUCCCUCCGCAAAAGCUAAAGAGAUUUUAGUCAUUUUUAAUGAAGGAAAGAAAUUUGAUCGAUAUGUAUUGAAGAAUUGCCUUGAAGAACUAAAGCUUGAUGUGGAUGAAAUUUUGUCUCCCACCAAUCAGUCUGAUGGUGAAAGUCAAGCUUUUGAAAGAAUAAAGUCAUUUUCAUCUUUGAAUAAAGAUACAAAGGCAACGUCCUGUAAAGUGGAAAAACUGGUCACUUCUGUUGGUGGCAAUUUAAUGAUGGAGGACGUUAUCUUUGAUAUUGGUCCUGGCUGUUUAGAAGACACUACAAUGAUAAAGUUGGUCAAGGUUAACAAUCCAAGCUACAUCAAAAGUUUGCUGGACUUGGAACUUCUUAAAAGUAGCAUAUAUCAUCUGCAAUGUCUUCCUAACAACCUACAUUUCUCGAAGCCUGCUCCAUUGCAAAUUAACAUUAAUGGAGAUAGAGCUAUUUCGAGAGAAGAUAAUGGUUCUUUGAAGAUUGUUGCUAUUUAUGGAUCGUACUCGAAUGACAAGCAAAAGACCACGUGGAAAUUUUUGGAAGACAUUGAUGUAAACGAAAAGAGGAUUUUGAUAAAUAUAAACACAUUUUCUUCAUACAUCUUCGUUACAGCUAUAUCUUCUUACAUUCCUCGUAUUUUAUGUCAUCUUAACGAAUUUUUUUACGCUUAUGCAUAUGUAUUCCAUCGAAGAUCAUCAAAACAGGAACAUUAG